CUUCACACAAACAUGUCAUGUUCAGUCUUCUGUGUCUGGAGCGAUUGACAGGUUCACCGCAGUAAAAUGAUUCAAUCCAAUCAGUCCAUCUUCUGCUGCUGCUGUUGUGCUCUUCAGACUAGAACCAGCACGCAUGUGGAUGUGCCUGACAGCAGAUAUCCAGGAUCCUUCUAUAUGUCUCAGCUGUCAAAGAAGAAGCAGCCACCGCCUCCUGUUCCUCCUGAUGAUGAUGAUGUUGGACUGGUGAAGGUGGUGGCGAUGUAUGACUUCACAGCGAGAGAGAGUUCAGAUCUCACACUGCAUCAUGGAGAGGAGUACACUAUACUACACAAACAAGACCAGCUGUGGUGGAGAGCCAAAGACAGACACGGGAACAAAGGCUUCAUUCCCAGUAAUUAUGUCACAGAAAUUGGAACAAUAGAGGCCAAUCAGUGGUACUGCAAGAACAUCAACAGAGCAGAAGCAGAACAUUUACUCAGACAAGAGGGUAAGGAUGGAGGGUUUGUGGUGAGAAGUUCCAGUCAACCCGGCAGUUACACCGUAUCAGUUUUUACACAAAGUUCAGGUAAAGGGGAGGUUAGACAUUACCAGAUAAAGCAGACAGACGGGGGUCAGUUCUUCUUGGCAGAGCGACAUGUGUUCAACUCAAUACCAGAACUCAUCAACUACCACAAACUUAAUUCAGCAGGGCUGGUGGCACGAUUGCGGUAUCCCAUCGGACCCAUGGGCAAAUGUCUUCCAGCCACAGCAGGAUUUAGUUCAGAUAAAUGGGAGAUUAACCCGUGUGAGCUGACGUUCAUGAAGGAAGUGGGCAGCGGGCAGUUUGGAGUGGUCAGACUGGGCAAAUGGAGAGCACAGCAUAAAGUCGCCAUUAAAACUAUCAAUGAAGGAGCCAUGAGUGAAGAUGACUUUAUAGAGGAAGCCAAGAUCAUGACACGGUUGUGUCACCCUAAACUAGUGCAGUUGUACGGUGUGUGUGUCACGCAGCGUCCAAUCUGCAUCGUGACUGAGUUCAUGGAGAACGGCUGCUUGCUUCACUUCCUGAGACAGCACAGCAGAUCUCUGACACGCAUCACACAGCUCUUCAUCUGUCAGGACGUUUGUGAAGGGAUGGAGUACCUGGAACAAAACAACUUCAUACACAGAGACCUGGCCGCACGGAACUGUCUGGUGAACGAGAGGAAUGUUGUGAAAGUGUGUGACUUUGGAAUGACCAGAUACGUGUUGGAUAAUCAGUACACCAGCUCUAUGGGCUCCAGGUUUCCUGUCAAAUGGUCUCCACCUGAAGUUCUUCAUUUCAACAAGUUUAGCAGCAAAUCAGAUGUCUGGUCAUUUGGUGUGCUGAUGUGGGAAGUGUUCUCAGAGGGAAAGACUCCAUUUGAGAAGCACUCUAAUUUGGAGGUGGUGGAAGAAGUAUCUCAGGGUGGCCGUCUGUACAGACCUCACAGAGCAUCCGCAAACAUCUACAACAUCAUGUACAAAUGCUGGCACGAGAGACCUCAUGGACGACCGACUUUCUCUGAGUUACUGCAGAAUAUCAGACAGAUUACUGAGGAGGAGACAAACACGACAGACACAGGAAUACCACAGACACAUGAACACCAUGGACACAUGACAUAUAAACACAACAGACAUAUGAACACCACAGACACAUGAACAGGAACACCACAGACACAUGAACACCACGGACACAGGAACACCACAGACACAUGAACACCACAAACACAUGAACACCACAGACACAUGAACACCACAGACACAUGAACAUCACGGACACAUAAACACAACAGACACAUAAACACAACAGACACAUGAACACCACAGACACAUGAACACCACAGACACAUGAACACCACAGACACAUGAACACCACAGACACACAAACACCACGGACACACGAACAUCACGGACAGAGGAAUACCACGGACACAUGAACACCACAGACACAUGAACACCACAGACACAUGAACACCACAGACACAUGAACACCACAGACACAUGAACACCACAGACACAUGAACACCACAGACACAUAAAAACAACAGACACAUAAACACCACAGACACAUUACACAUAAACACCAAAAACACGACAUGUGAACACCACAGACACAUAAACACCACAGACACAUGACACAUAAACACCAAAGACACAUAAACACCACAGACGCAUGAAUACCACAGACACAUGAAUACCACAGACACAUAAACACAACAGACACAUGACACAUAAACACAACAGACACAUGACACAUAAACACCAAAGACACAUAAACACCAAAGACACAUGAACACCACAGACACAUAAACACAACAGACACAUGACACAUAAACACCAGACACAUAUACACCACAGACACAUGACGCAUAAACACCAAAGACACAUGACCACUAGAGACACAUAAACACCACAGAUAAAUGACACAUAAACACCACAGACACAUGAACACCACAGACACAUGAACACCACAGACACACAAACACCACAGACACAUGAACACCACAGACACACAAAAACAACAGACACAUAAAAACAACAGACACAUUACACAUAAACACCAAAAACACGACAUGUGAACACCACAGACACAUAAACACCACAGACACAUGACACAUAAACACCAAAGACACAUAAACACAACAGACACAUUAACAGCACAGACGCAUAAACACCACAGACACAUGAAUACCACAGACACAUGAAUACCACAGACACAUGACACAUAAACACCAAAGACACAUGACCACUACAGACACAUGAACACCACAGACACAUGAACACCACGGACACAGGAAUACCACAGACACAUAAACACAACAGACACAUGAACACCACAGACACAUGAACACCACAGACACAUAAACACAACAGACACAUGAAUACCACAGACACAUGAACACCACGGACACAGGAAUACCACAGACACAUGAACACAACAGACACAUGAACACAACAGACACAUGAACACCACGGACACAUGAACACCACGGACACAUGAACACUACGGACACAGGAACACCACGGACACAGGAACAUCACAGACACAUGAACACCACAGACACAUGAACACCACGGACACAUGAACACCACAGACACAUGAACACCACAGACACAUGAACACCACGGACACAGGAAUACCACAGACACAUGAACACCACAGACACAUGAAUAGCACAGACACAUAAACACCACGGACACAUUACACAUAAACACCAAAAACACGACAUGUGAACACCACAGACACAUAAACACCACAGACACGACACAUAAACACCAAAGACACAUAAACACAACAGACACAUAAACACCACAGACGCAUGAAUACCACAGACACAUGAAUAACACAGACACAUAAACACAACAGACACAUGACACAUAAAGACCAAAGACACAUAAACACCAAAGACACAUGAACACCACAGACACAUAAACACCACAGACGCAUAAACACCACAGACACAUGACGCAUAAACACCAGACACAUGAACACUAGAGACACAUAAACACCAGAGACACAUGAACACCACUGACACAUGAAUACCACAGACACAUAAACACAACAGACACAUGAACACCACAGACACAUGAACACCACAGACACAUGAACACCACAGACACAUGAAUACCACAGACACAUAAACACAACAGACACAUAAACAUCACAGACACAUGAACACCACAGACACAUGAACACCACGGACACAGGAAUACCACAGACACAUAAACACAACAGACACAUGAACACCACAGACACAUGAACACCACAGACACAUGAACACCACAGACACAUGAACACCACGGACACAUGAACACCACAGACACAUGAACACCACAGACACAUGAAUACCACAGACACAUAAACACAACAGACACAUAAAAACAACAGACACAUAAACACCACAGACACAUUACACAUAAACACCAAAAACACGACAUGUGAACACCACAGACACAUGACACAUAAACACCAAAGACACAUAAACACCACAGACACAUAAACACCACAGACGCAUGAAUACCACAGACACAUGAAUACCACAGACACAUAAACACAACAGACACAUGACACAUAAAGACCAAAGACACAUAAACACCAAAGACACAUGAACACCACAGACACAUAAACAGGAACACCACGGACACAUGAACACCACGGACACAUGAACACCACGGACACAUGAACACCACAGACACAUGAACACCACAGACACAGGAAUACCACGGACACAGGAAUACCACGGACACAUAAACACAACAGACACAUAAACACAACAGACACAUGAACACAACUGACACACAAACACCACAGACACAUGAACACCACAGACACAUGAACACCACAGACACAUGAACAUCACGGACACAGGAAUACCACGGACACAUAAACACAACAGACACAUGAACACCACAGACACAUGAACACCACCGACACAUAAACACCACAGACACAUUACACAUAAACACCAAAAACACGACAUGUGAACACCACAGACACAUAAACACCACAGACACAUGACACAUAAACACCAAAGACACAUAAACACCACAGACGCAUAAACACCACAGACACAUGAAUACCACAGACACAUAAACACAACAGACACAUGACACAUAAACACAACAGACACAUGACACAUAAACACCAAAGACA